CUCAAAAUUAGGGCUUUGGAUGAACCAUGCUUUCUUCCACUAAUGACUAAUCUCAUUUCUCUAUCAAGUUCAAGAAACACAAUGUCAUAACCAUAUCUGGGUUUUGUGAAAUUUGCUAUGCUGAUUCGGGGGAUCGGUAAAAGGUUAUAUUCGAUAUCCGGCAUGAUUUCUGAACUGCAUUAUAUGUUUUGCUCACCAACUGUUUGUAAAAAUGCUUGUACUGGAAAUGGUUUAUCAUCAUAUAUAUCUGUUAAAAGGCAAAAUUUUUGUGUUUCCGAACCUAGUAUUCGAGUAAAUAUGGGCAUUGUUAGUUCACAUCAAUCGCAAGCUAGUGUUAAUGCUAAUCGUAUUUCGAGGGUUGUAAGAACAGAGGCACAAACUGCGCUUUUUGAUUAUUUGCACUUUACUAGAGGCUUCCAUUUUACGGAUGCAGAGUUCAUGAGCAAGAACUCCCCUCAUUUUAUUCAAAACUUGUUGUCUGUGGUUGAUGAUAACGAAGAAGAUAUAUCGCGUGCUUUGUCAAAGUACUUCCGGUACAAUCCCAUUAAUGAGUUUGAGCCAUUCUUGGAGAGUUUAGGUCUGAACCCUUUUGAGUCCCCAUCACUACUUCCUAAAUCGUUGAUAUUUUUGGGAGAUGAUGAUCUUUUGCUUGAUAAUUUUCAUGUUCUUUGUGGUUACGGGAUUCCUAGAACGAAGAUUGGCAAAAUGUAUAUGGAAGUGAAGGAGAUUUUUGGAUAUGAUCAUGGCGUGUUAUCUAUGAGACUUAAGGCUUAUGAGAAAUUAGGAUUAAGUAAAUCAAUAGUAAUUAAACUCGUGACGUCCUGCCCGUCACUUUUGGUUGGAAAUAUUGAUGGCAAGUUUCUUGCGGUUUUGGAUAAGCUGAAAGAAUUUGGGUUCGAUAAGGAAUGGAUUGGUAGUUAUGUGUCUGAAAGAACUACUUUGAAUUGGGAUAGAAUGUUAGACACUAUGAGUUUUCUUGUGCAAGUGGGUUACAAUGAUGAACAGAUGAAAAAUCUGUUUAUGGAGAACCCUGCACUGCUGUUUGAUGGUUCGGGGAAACAGAUCUAUGUGCUGGUUGCCCAGUUACUGAAACUAGGGCUAAAAAUGAACCAAAUAUACGAUCUUUUCUUGAAAAACCCCAAAGUAUUAUCAUCUAAGUGUGCAAAGAAUCUUUGGACGGCAGUGUCUUUCUUGGUUGAAAUAGGGAUGGAGUCAGAAGGAAUCGUGAGCAUAAUCGCUACCCAUAUGGAAGUUCUUGGUUCCAAUACUAUAAAAGGGCCAAUUUCCGUAAUGAGAAGUUUGAAAAUAAAAAAAGAUGAAUUAUGUCAAGCUAUAAAGGAUAAUCCUCUGGAGCUGAUCAAUUGGGCUACUAAGCCAGAGACUGGAUCAGUAGAAAAUCAAGAUUCCAAUACAUUUGUGGAGAAAAGAAACUUUUUAUUAAGAUUGGGUUAUAUGGAAAACUCUGAUGAGUUAUCAAAAGCCCUAAAAAAGUUUCGGGGCAGAGGAGACCAACUACAGGAAAGAUUUGAUUGUUUAGUGCAAGCUGGACUCGAUUACAAUGUAGUUUCAAGCAUGAUCAAGAGAGCUCCUUCGGUUCUAAACCAGUCAAAAGAUCUUCUUGAAAAGAAGAUUGAUUGUUUGCAGAACCAUUUAGGCUAUCCAUUGGAAGCUGUCGUGGUGUUUCCAUCAUACUUGUGUUAUGACAUCCAGCGGAUUAAUCUUAGGUUCUCGAUGUAUUUAUGGUUACUAGAAAGAGGUGCAGCAAAACCAAAGCUAUCGUUGAGCACCAUUCUUGCGUGUUCGGAUACAAGGUUUGUGAAAUAUUUUGUUCAUAUUCAUCCCGAAGGUGUUUCCAAAUGGGAAAAUCUGAAAAUUUCAUUAAAUUCAAAAUAAUAUUCAUGACCUUCAUUUGCUUUUUAUGUUGUAUACACACUUUAUAGUAAAGUAUUCAUCCAAUUUCAAACCCCAAAAAUAUUGCUUAGUUCCUCAUAGUCUGUUGUACAAUUCUUUCCUGUAGUUCCUUCCCUUUAUAUGAUUAGCGGGUAGUACUUGUGACAGGA